AUGAAGGUUUUGACUUCUUCACCACGGAACAGCUCCUUCAUGCGUAAAAUGCUGGAAUUGUUUACCAUUGUAGAUAAAGUCUAUUACAUCACUAUUGCUGCUAUUGGCGUCCCUGUUAAUACACUGGCAAUUGUGAUCCUGUCACAAGGAAAAUGUGGCCUCUCUAGAUGCACCACUCAUUACCUGGUUGCCAUGGCAACAGCGGAUCUAAUGGUCAUCAUCAAUGAUAUUAUAUUGUAUCAGCUAAAUCACUAUUUUUACCAGGGUUCGUUCCUGCAUCUCACACCUUCAUGCAUUGUGAUAGAUUUCCUGCUUUUUAUGAGUUCAGACUGUUCUGUCUGGUUCACUGUCACUUUCUCCGCUGAUCGGUUUGUGACCAUUUGUUGUCAGAAACUGAAACUGAAAUAUUGUACUGUGAAAACAGCAGCUGUUAUUCUUUCAAUAACUGGCACUAUAUUCUUUCUAAAAAAUGUUCCAAUUUUCAUUAUACUGGAACCUAAGAUUGUGGUUGACAAUGUACAGUGGUAUUGUCAAACGAAGCCAAGCUAUUACACUGUACUCGGUUGGCUUGUAUACGACUGGUUAGAUAAGGUAUUAACACCACUAUUUCCAUUCAUUUUAAUUUUGCUCUUCAAUGCUAUGACAAUCAGAUAUGUGUUAGUGGCGAAUCGGAUUCGUAAAGGAUUGAGAAGUCAGCACACGGAAGAGAAGCAUAGUGAUACGGAGACGGAGAGCAGAAGAAAGUCAAUGAUUUUACUGUUCACCAUAUCUAGCAGCUUCAUACUGCUGUGGUCACCCUAUGUAAUCAAUUUCUUAUAUUAUCGAAAUGCAGAAAUUGAUCCCAGAUUUUACAACGACGGCUUGCACAUAUUUGAAAGAAUUGGAUUUAUGCUACUGAGUCUGAGUUACUGCACAAAUGCGUUUAUUUAUGGAGUAACUCAGUCGAAGUUUAGGGAACAGUUCAUUCGUGCUGUAAAGUACCCACUGGCUUCAAUUAAGAGAGGCUUUACUUUCAAAAUGAACUAA